UCAGGUACCGGGGCAAAUGCAAUGCAUUUCCAGGCAUUCCUGUUGGAUGGACUGGUGAGGUGGAACGAGGACCGUGCGCAAGCAGCAGUGGAGGGAAAGAACAGGCAGCCCCUGCUCUGUUACAGUGGCCACCUGCAGCACAUCCUUAACCUUAGCAGCCAAAGGGUGCUUGGCAAGGAGCAGGUUAAGGACGACUCCAAGCCUAGCGAGUACACGGGGGAACUCCUCGGAGUGGAGUACCUGUACUCGCAGACUGGCAGAGUGCUGCAGGAUGUCAGCGCGGACCCUGACCUUCCGGAAGAGGCAGUCGCCGUCGAGCAGCUCGACGAGGAGGACGAGGGCUUUCAGGAGGAGGAUGUGGACCCGACAGUCCACAUCCCUCAUGUCCCUCCUUUGAGCGGCCCGUCCUCCAGCUCAGCGGCACCUCUGUCAGGGGAACCCGCUGACGCACCCAGGUCUGGGCCAACCAGUCCCACCGCCCCUGAAGACGGAACCUCUCCGGAGGCCCCUGAAGACGGAACCUCUCCGGAGGCCCCUGAAGACGGAACCUCUCCGGAGGCCCCUGAAGACGGAACCUCUCCUGAGGCCCCUGAAGACGGAACCUCUCCUGAGGCCCCUGAAGACGGAACCUCUCCGGAGGCCCCUGAAGACGGAACCUCUCCUGAGGCCCCUGGUCGACACGGUUCUCCUCACCCUGACCACUCCUCUGAUUCAGAGGGGGAGACGAAGGGCCCUGAUAAUCUGCCGGGCUACCAGCAUGUCUGUCGGCUUGCCAGGGGCUUGGUGGGGGUGAGGAACCGUCAGGGGCUGUCGGACCGCAGGGUAGACGGUCUGGUGGCGCUGUGGCUGGCGCUGCCGGACUUAGACAAGCCGCGCUUGAUCUACCCUGCCCGGCACCAGGAGAGGAUCGUUCAGGGGCGGUUCAAGGCAACGAAGGGGAAGUCGUCCAUUGUCCUAGGAAAAGACUCAGCGUCACCGCUCAGCCCCUCCCUGCAGCCCAGCCCCUCCGUGCAGCCAAGCCCCGCCCCUCCCUGCAGCCCCACCCCUCCCUGCAGCCCAGCCCCUCCCUGCAGCCAAGCCCCUCCCUCCACUACCAGCGGGAGGGAAUCCAGGCACUCUUCCCUUUCCCUACGCCGCCCCCACCAGUCCCACGCCAGACCACCCAGCAAGGAGGGCCCGCCCACGCGCCCAUUCUGCCAGCCCACCUGGAGCAACAAUCCCCCGCACUUCCCGGCCCCUCCCAAACCCUGCAAGCCCAAGGACCACAGACGGGCUCCUCUUUACCUCCUCCGGUGCCAAGGACAACGGCUUGGAGGAGGAAGAGGAUGGCGGAGGACAAAGAGGAGGGGACAUCUGGGAAGAGAAGGCAACGCGAGCAGUACGUCUGCUCCAAAUGUGGGUUGCCGAAGCGACGGGAGACGGGGCACAGCCGCUUCGGCGGCGUGGGGUUCUGCUCUGUUGCUGCGGGGGGUAAGACCGUGGCCCAGUGGCUGGAGGAAAUGAAGUACGCUAAGGGGAGAAGUGAAGGACGCUAAGGGGAGAAGUGAAGGACACUAAGGGGAGAAGUGAAGGACACUAAGGGGAGAGGUGAAGGACACUAAGGGGAGAGGUGAAGGACACUAAGGGGAGAGGUGAAGGACACUAAGGGGAGAGGUGAAGGACACUAAGGGGAGAGGUGAAGGACACUAAGGG